AUGUACAAUGUGGACUACGAGAUUUUCUACCAACUUCACGUUUUAAAAAUUGGAGCAUUUCGCCCUCUGGUGCUUAAGCUAAGAAGAAUCCAGUUCUUCAUUCUUGAGUACAGACCUAAGUACACGUCCAAAAUCAAUAGAAGUUCGACUCAAAGCUCCAAAAGGACAGCUUGUUCCUUUCCUUCACAGACCUAA